AUGUAAUUUAAACAAAUCAAUUUAGAGGAAUUCAAUGAAUAAAAAGCUUUAGAUUACUUGGAAUUAAAAAAUUAAAGUCUCCAACAAACUCUCUUAGAAGAUCCUAAAAUAGCUCGUUAUUUAGAUUUUGCUGAUUACUUGUUAAGUUAUCAUUUUUAAUAGACGAUCCAUAAGAAGGCUCAUGAAAGGUUAUUGGUGGAAAUGUUUAACACAGACUAUAUACUUUCGAAAUUGUAUGGAUUGGAACUGCAUAAAAUAAAGGAAUACUUCGUAAAAUUUGGGAAUAGGAUAAAAAUUUCAGGAUUUGUGUUAUUACUUUUGAAAUUGAUAUAAUUCCAAUUAGAUGAAGUUCCUUAUAUGAUAAAUGGAUUGAGAGAGUUAGCUGAAAAGAUAGCUCAGAAUGGAAUAAUCACAUUUGAAUAAUUUGUUGCAUAUUAUAUGUCAUGUAGUGAGAACGAUGAGUAAGACAACAUCCAACAUGCUUAUUACAAAAUAAUCGAAAGCAAAAGUUAAGACACAAUGUACCAUAAACACGAGAUAUAAAAAGUACUGGAAAUUAUAUGACUUUUUAGGCAAUCUACACAAAAUCGAUCUAAAAAAUUGCUUUGCUUGAAGAAAACUAACCAUAAAUAUAUUUAUUGGGGACAGACUUUCAAAUACAUAAAGAAAUAAAGCUAGAUAAUCCUGACACACAUUAUAUAAUUUUAGAUUUUGACUUUGCUGAGAAUAUCAAAGAAUUUUGUUGCAGUUUGUCUAAUAAUCAUAUUUUAUUCUUGAGUUUUGUAAUAAGCUAUUAAUUAAUGUUAGAUGGAUCAAUUGCAUAACAAUAAAUUAGUCUAAUGCGAAUACUUGUUGACCAAGAUUCAAUAUCUUUAAAUGCUUGAUCACUGGGGAUCAGUUACAACUAAUUAGUAAUUGAUAUUAUGGCAUCCAAAGACUCAUCAACAAACAAGAGUACCCUUAUAAUUAUAGGGUGGCAAGAUUUAGAGCAUAAUAGAACUUUAGAAAAAUGAAAUGAUUUGUUUAUAAACUGAUUUGAAAAGAGUGCACAUUUUUAAUCCCAAAUUUGAAUAACUGAUUGUUAUAUAGGAUUCAUUGCUUAUUUAGACGUAAUUAUAUCUAUCAAUAGUUAAUUCUUAGAUUUAUAUUUUAUGAAGCAGGAUAAUGUUUUUAUUCUAUAAAUUUUACUCAUAAAAUCUAAAAAUGGUUAAUCGAAGAGAAUGGUGUUGAUUAUACUAAAGAUAAAACUAUUCAAAUUUGUAAACCAGAAUAUACAGUUCUUGCUAUUGGUUUUGUUUAAGACUUAUUAGUAACUUAUGAUUCAAGUAAUUAAAUUAGAGUGUUUGAUACUGAGGAUUUUAGAAAGUUAACUACAUAUAAAAAAAUACUUAAACCUACCAAUCAUAUGAAGAUUAUCGAAAUCAAUAAAUAUUAAUUUAUAAUCGUCGGCAAUAGGAUCAGUUCAUUUGAGAUCGAGGUUAGAAUUGAAGAAAAGUAAAUCUCUAAUAAAGAUGAACUUGAGAAACAUAAUGAUGAUUUUGAAACUCAGAUGAAAUCUACCAAACUAUUAAUGUAGCAAAUUUUAAAGAAUCAGCCUUAAGUGGUCAACUUUAGAGGUACCAAACAUUAAGAUCAGAUGUAAAUAAUAUAAUUGAAUUAAGAGAGUCAAUUUUAGAAUAAAUCAAGGGGGCUAAGAGUCAAUUGCUUCCAAAAAUCAAAGUGAAGGAAAUUCAUCAUUAUACAGAGCUGCCAGAUGAGUACAUUAGAGAGAAAAUAGAGGAAAUAGAAAAGAACAUAUAUGCAAACAAAUUGUUAAAAGACAGAAUACAUUAAGCAACUGAACCCUUUGUUGAAUCACAACCUGAUCCCAUAGAUCCAAAAAUAUUAUAAAAAUUGUAGCCUCUAUAAUAAGGGUUCUAGAAAAUAGACCAUAAACACAACUAAUCAGAGUAAAAUGGUUCAAAGAUAUAAUCUGUUAGAUAAUUAUAAAAGUAAGUUUUGAUUUAAAGUGUAUAGCAAUAGUAAGGUUAAAAAGAAGUUAGACAUUUUAAAUUUUGAUUUGUAAGAAAAAUCAAUUCGUUCAAAAAUUGACCCUUUGUUAGACACAGAUACAAAUUUUUUAUUCAAACAAUUAAAAGAUGAUUACUUGAAUGUUCAAUCUAAAAAAUCUACAAAAACAUAAUCAUUAUGUUAUGAAUCCAGAUAUGAAUAUUAAACUUAGAGAGGGAAACUAAAAAAAUAAUUAUUCACAACUUAAUAUAAAACAAAAGGACAAAAAAUAAAGACGAUACAAUCUAUACAACCUACUAAUCAAACAAUUAAUCAGACAAUUGGUUUAUCAAGAACAUCAAGAAAUAGUAGAAAUACUACUAAUCCCUAUUCUUAAUUAUAGCAGAAUGAUUAGCCUCCUCCAAUUCCGCUAGAAUGCAUCCCACAGAUGGAAAAGGUUAAGUUAUUUUACAAUGAAGCUGUUAAGGCAAUGAACUAUUUAAAAGAAUAAAACCAAUUUUUGUUUUUUGACUCUUGA